UUUCACACGCCCGAAUGCCAAUCUAUUCAUCGUCUCUCUCUCUCCCCUCUGGUUUCUGCAGUCACUUCUUGGUUGACGACCUCUACUCACAAACCCUCCGAUCUCUCUCCUGCGAAAAUGGACGUCCGAGAAUCCAUCGCCAACCAAAACAACGUCGCUUUGACCCUCUCGAGCCACGUCAUCUCCUCCAUCGCCGGAGACUCCAAUUUCGUCUUCUCUCCGGCGUCGAUCAACGUUGUCCUUGGCAUCAUCGCCGCCGGCUCCGGCGGAUCCACCAAGGACCAGAUCCUAUCCUUCCUUCGGGCUUCGUCCUCCGAUCAUCUUAACGCCUUUUUCUCCGAGAUCGCCUCUGUCGUCUUUGCCGACGGCAGCCCCAACGGCGGCCCGAAGAUCUCUGCUGCCACCGGAGCCUGGAUCGAUAAGUCUCUCGCGUUCAAACCUUCUUUCAAGGAUCUUCUUGAGGGUUCUUACAAGGCAACUUCGAAUCAGACUGAUUUUCAGACCAAGGCUAUUGAAGCAGCAGGGGAGGUGAAUUCAUGGGCCGAAAAGCAGACCAAUGGUCUCAUCAAGGAGCUUCUUCCAUCUGGGUCUGUUGACAGUAUGACUAAACUCAUAUUUGCAAAUGCUUUGUACUUCAAAGGAGCAUGGCAUGAGAAAUUUGAUUCGUUGGUAACAAAAGAUGACGACUUUCACCUCAUUGACGGUACCUCAGUGCGUGUGCCCUUCAUGACCAGCACGAAGAAACAGUACAUAAGCGCUUACGAUCGUUUCAAAGUACUGGGGCUCCCUUACCAACAAGGGGAGGACAGGCGUCAGUUCUCUAUGUACUUCUAUCUUCCUGAAGAGAAGAACGGAUUACCUGCUUUGUUGGAGAAAAUAAGUUCCACUUCUGGAUUCAUCGAUAGCCACAUUCCCUACCAACAAGCGAAGGUGGGGGAAUUCAGAAUUCCGAAGUUUAAGUUCUCUUUUGGGUUCAAAGCUUCAGAAGCUCUGAAGGGUUUGGGCUUGACUGCACCAUUUACCGGUGAAGAUGGCCUGACAGAGAUGGUUGAUUCCCCUUCCAUGGGCAAGAACUUGAAUGUUUCAAGCAUUUUCCACAAAUCUUUUAUCGAGGUUAACGAAGAGGGCACAGAAGCUGCUGCAGCCUCUGCCGGAGUUAUAAAGCUCCGGGGCUUGCUCGUGGAAGAGAAGAUAGAUUUCGUGGCUGACCAUCCUUUCCUCUUCUUGGUUAGAGAAAACAUAACGGGAGUGGUUCUGUUCAUCGGUCAAGUCCUCCAUCCUCUGCAAAAUUAACACAACUUGUUGUUCCUCCUGUUGUCGUUGUUAUAUGGAGAGAAUGCUGACACCCUAAAUGGCUUAAGCUUAGCUUUGCCUUGUUUGGCUUUGUAAUGUGAAUGAGAGAACCAACCUUGAGAUUGUUGACUAUCGCUUCAUGCUUGUUGGGUUCUGUGAUUUGACUUUCCAGCGUCUAAGACUAUUGUCACGGAUUUAGAGUUUUCUUGAACCAAUCCGUGCGACACUUGAACGUUUUUGGAAUGAAACGGAAGAAAUUUUUGUA